AUGGUUCACCUAGCCACCAUCAAAAAGGACCACGAGGUCCCUGCGCCAGUGCAGACCCAGCUGCCGAGCAUCGAGACCCUCGACCUGAGCGCCCCUGGAGAAGAUGACUUUUCUAGUAGCGUAUACGGCUCGCGCUUUGCUGCCGAGGCCCUGCCGGCCUUUGAGAUGCCGGAACGUGAGAUGCCCAAGGAUGUGGCAUAUCGCAUGAUCAAGGACGACCUGAGUCUGGACGGCAAUCCAAUGCUCAAUCUUGCGUCCUUUGUCACAACCUACAUGGAAGACGAAGCCGAGAAGCUCAUGACCGAGGCCUUUAGCAAAAACUUUAUCGACUACGAAGAAUACCCCCAGUCAGCGGAUAUCCAGAACCGCUGCGUCAACAUGAUUGCGCGCCUGUUCAAUGCCCCGACUACCGAAGAAUCCGAGCAUGCCAUUGGCACGUCAACCAUUGGCUCGUCCGAAGCCAUCAUGCUGGCCACGCUGGCCAUGAAGAAGCGCUGGCAGAACAAGCGCAAGGCCGAGGGCAAGGACUGGCACACGCCUAACAUUAUCAUGAACAGUGCCGUGCAGGUCUGCUGGGAAAAGGCGGCUCGUUACUUUGACAUUGAGGAAAAGUACGUCUACUGUACCGAUACCCGCUAUGUCAUUGACCCGGAGGAGGCUGUGAACCUGGUGGACGAGAACACAAUUGGUAUCUGCGUCAUCCUGGGCACCACCUACACGGGUGAGUACGAAGAUGCCAAGACGAUCAACGAUCUCUUGGUUGAGAAGGGCAUUGACUGCCCCAUCCACAUUGACGCUGCCAGCGGUGGCUUUGUCGCCCCGUUUGUGAACCCCAACCUAGAGUGGGAUUUCCGCCUGGAAAAGGUCAUCUCGAUCAAUGUGUCUGGACAUAAAUACGGAUUGGUCUACCCCGGUGUUGGCUGGGUCGUGUGGCGCUCUCCCGAGUACCUCCCGCAGGAACUCGUCUUCAACAUCAACUACCUCGGCGCCGACCAGGCCAGCUUCACGCUCAACUUCUCCAAGGGCGCGUCGCAGGUCAUCGGCCAGUACUACCAAAUGAUCCGACUGGGCAAGCGCGGCUACCGAUCCAUCAUGCUCAACCUCACACGCACGGCCGACUACCUGUCCAGUCGGCUCCAGGGACUAGGAUUCCUGAUCAUGAGCCAGGGCCGCGGCCAUGGCCUGCCACUGGUGGCCUUCCGGCUCAACCCUGAGAAUGAAACUCUUUACGACGAGUUUGCUAUUGCGCACCACCUGCGCGAGCGUGGCUGGGUGGUGCCCGCGUAUACGAUGGCGCCGCAUAGCGAGAAGCUCAAGCUGAUGCGCAUUGUCGUGCGCGAGGACUUUAGUAUGACGCGUGCGGACAGUUUGUUGACCGAUAUCAAGCUUGCGCUGCAAACUCUCGGCGAUAUGGACAAGACGAUGACGGAGAAAUAUCAAAAACACGUCAAAGACCACGUCGUCAAGUCCUCUAAGGCGCACCACACCCACCCGCACUACAAGAAGGAGAAGCACUCGCUGCAGGGCAAGCAUGGCAAGACGCACGCUGUGUGUUAG